AUGCACCUCCAAAUUCCACUAUACCUUCUAACAAUCCUCAACGCCGCAACCGCCUGCAACCCCACCCAGCGCGACAUCUCAGGCUCAGAAACCUUCAUCAUAGGCACCGACGGCCCCGCCCCAACCGCAACACUAGGCUUCGCCCUGAACCACAUCGGUCUGGUUACAACAAACCUAGCCGAAAUGAAAACCUUCUACGGCGAAAUCCUAGGAAUGCGCCUCCUCUUCGACGCACACAUCACACCCGAAUACACAGUGACAUACAUGGGGUAUGCGCAAGGCGGACGAAAUGGAACAGGCUUCCAAAGUGGUGCAGAGCUAGCAGCUUCCAAGAAUAAUCUAUGGGGAUUAUUAGAGUUGCAGCAAUUUAAUGUCUCGGAUGAUAGAUUGGUUGCGUCGACUGAGAGGACCAAUACGUUUGGACAUGUGGGUUUGGUUGUUCCUGAUGUUCUUAAGGCGGAGGAAUGGUUUCGAGGGAGGGGAGUGAGGAUUUUGAAGAGUGUUACUGAGCCUCUUGGGGAGGUUACGGGUCCGGUGCCUAAUGCUUUUGGACUUGGGGAGGCUGCAGGGUUGCAUUUGAAGGCUAAGAAGGCGCUUAUUGAUGCUCAGGGGGUUAUUGGGUUGGAUCGGUUUUUGAUGAUUGCGGAUCCGGAUGGGAAUUUGGUGGAGAUUCAGCAGCAGGAUGUUUAG